UCCAAACUCUGUCCAUUUUUUCCAUAGAAUGGCUAACUCUUUCUUCCUUAGCUUCCCACCAUUUUUUCGAGUUAUUUCGAUUUGUUUCCCUCUAAUCUUUGCCCUUCUCACACUUUCUCAUCUUCGAAUUGUUACCUCUAUUUCAUUUAACUAUUCUCACUUUAAUUCAGACUCAAAUUUACAUUUCCAGGGUAAUGCUGAAAAUUCCCUUGGCAAAAUAGAGUUCAACUAUGUUACUCACAAAGAACGUGUUGGUAUCGUUACAUAUGGUGAGAGUGUGCGCCUUUGGGAUAAAAGUUUAGGCAAAAUCGCCGAGUUUUCAACACAUUUCACCUUCGUUGUUGACACUUUCAAGGCACCUAAAUACGGGCAUGGGUUCACAUUUUUCAUUGCUCCGGUGGGUUUUAAAAUCCCACCUGGCUCCGACGGUCCAUAUCUAGGCCUAUUUAAUCAAACAACAUAUGUAACGUCGAGUACACCAAUAAUUGUAGUCGAGUUUGACUCAUUUCCAAAUGCUUUUGAUCCUAGUGAUAAGGAGCAUGUUGGUAUCAACGUCAACUCUCUCAAUUCUUCGGCUCAUAAACCAUGGAACGCGAGUGAGCAUAGUAAACAACCUGCUGAUGUUCGGAUCAUCUAUAACGCGACUGCUAAGGUUUUAACCGUGUUUUGGUCAUACAAGAACGAUCCAAAUUUUAACAAAGAUUCAAAUUUGUCUUUACCAAUUGAUCUUAUGAAAGUCGUCCCUGAAUGGGUUAACAUUGGUUUUUCUGCGGGAACUGGGCAAGUUAAGGAGCGACAUACUCUUGAAUCAUGGGAAUUCUAUUCUACUUUGAAGAAGUCUAUUGACAAUAAUACUAGUGAUCUUCCUGAGAAAAAAAUCGAGUUUACUAAUAAUAAAAAUAGUGAUGAUCAUCCCAAGGAUAACAAAUCUAAGGAGCGGAUUAUUGUUAUUGUUGUUGUUGUAUCAUCAUUCGCGUUCAUUGCUAUUUUGGGAGGGAUACUAGUGUUGUUUUUGCAUCGAAAGAGGAAGGAGGCGAAAAUGAAACAGGAAGAGGAAACCUCAUUCAAUGAUGAACUUGAGAGAGGGGUCGGGCCUAGAAGGUUUUCUUAUUCCGAGCUUGAAUCAGCCACCAACAAUUUCGCAAGUGAGCAUAAGUUGGGGAAGGGAGGGUUCGGAGCCGUUUACAAGGGCUAUCUUAACGACUUGGAUCUACCAAUCGCGGUGAAAAAAAUAUCCAGGGGAUCAAAACAGGGGAAAAAAGAAUACAUAGCCGAGGUCAAGAUUAUUAGUAGGCUAAGGCAUCGAAAUAUUGUACAACUAUUGGGUUGGUGCCAUGAUAAAACUAAAUUGUUACUUGUUUACGAGUUUAUGCCAAAUGGUAGCUUGGAUUGUCACUUAUUUGGCAAGAAGACACCCUUAUCUUGGCCUUUGAGAUACAAAAUAGCUCAAGGGUUAGCUUCGGGAUUGCUUUAUUUACACGAAGAAUGGGAGCAAUGUGUUGUGCAUCGUGACAUAAAGUCGAGCAAUAUAAUGCUAGAUUCUAAUUUUAAUGUCAAGCUAGGGGAUUUUGGUCUAGCAACGGUGAUGGAACAUGGACGUGCUGCACAGACAAUAACUCUGGCUGGGACUAUAGGGUACAUGGCACCGGAAUACAUAAGUACACGAAAGGCUAGUAAAGAAUCGGAUGUAUACAGUUUUGGCGUGGUUGCAUUAGAGAUAGCUACCGGAAGGAGGUUAAUAGAUCCAAUUGAUGAGGGGACUAAUAUGAAGGGAUUGAUACAAUGGGUGUGGGAUCUCUAUGGCAACGGGAGGCUACUUUCGGCUUCUGAUCAAAGGCUUCGUAGGGAAUUCGAUGUUAAACAAGUCGAGUGUUUGAUGCUAGUUGGUUUGUGGUGUGUUCAUCCUGAUUACAAUUAUAGGCCAUCUAUAAAACAAGCUAUUCAAGUGCUCAAUUUUGAGGCUGCAUUGCCUAGUCUUCCACCGGCGAUGCCUAUUCCGACCUAUCAUGUUCCAGUACUGCAGCCGUCAGACGGCUCUAGUUGCCCUUCAAUGCUUAGUACAAGCCUUAAAAUUGGUCGUUAGAUACAAAAAUCCGUAUCAUAUUAUUAUAGAUAUUCAUUCAUCAUAAUUGUUGAUUUGUUCAUAGAG